AUGCACAACCCAAUAAAUUUCUUCGUCUCUGCGUAUGACGAACAAGAUGCCCAGUACCAAGAAUUCUUUUUCCGCGCGGAGGACCGGACAAACGCCGUCGGGCUCGGCAAACACACAGACCGGUGGGCGCCGAGAGAGUUGGUUGCGCGGCUGGAGCAGAGAAGGCGGGAGCUGCAGGAGAUUGUUAAUGGUGGAAGUGCUCCUGGUCCUGACACGGCAACUUCUAGAGGAGAGGAAGCUCCUUUCAUCCGACAGAUCAAAGCGUUGCGGGAGGAGGAGAGCACCAUAUCCCAGUUUGAAACGCAGUAUUACAAACAUCUCUUCGAUAGUACUGCCGCAAAAGAGCAACAGGAACAGCUAUUAAAGGAACAACAGGAGCAAGCGACAGCCGUCGCAGCAGCGGAACUAGCAACUGCUGAUGGAGGUAAUUCCACUAACGGUAAAAACGCCACCCACCCCCUCGCCGGUGUCGAUGUGUCCCCUCGCGGCGCCGCUGUGAUCGCAGAAUCGUACAAGGCGCAGUCGGGGCAGGACCCGAUAAUUCUCCGGCGCAUGGGCUACAUCCGGAACAUUUACAGGGGGGCAAUCUACCAGAAAUUCUCCAGAAAUUUGACCCAAAUCGCGCAGGAGUUUCACGAGUCCUUGGCGGACUUGGUACUGGAUGAAGAGGAGAAGGCACAGCUUGAAGCGGCAAAAGCAAGUGGUGAAGAUGGCACGGACACCACGACAGCCGCAGCAGCAACUGCUGCUAGUACAUCAAGCACACCAGCAGCUGCCGCUCCGGCUCUAGCUACAACUCAAGCCACCACCACGACAUCCUCGAAGCCCCUCGAGCCCCUCGACAACGGCGGCAUCGAGCUGUUUCCGCAGAGAGAGUGCAUGGGCUUGGCCUACAUCAUUUCCCGCUUGAUUGAGGAGGAGUACGCUCUACUUGGCUACAUCACCGCGGUCUCCAGCGGGCAGUUGAGAGAAACUCUGGUGAAAAAAUCCCUGGAAAAGCGGUUUAAAUUGCAAAUUGGGAAAUGGCUGCGGAUCAUAUUGGACGACGUUGCUUUUGAUACACAUCUAUUCGGAUUUUUCGACACGAAAAUGCGGAGAUUAGAGAUGGAGAAUAGAAAGAGUGGAACACCAACAACUUCCACUGCUGGUUCAUCGGGCCGAAGCCUUUCCUUCAACGACAAAGUUUUUUCCCGCCAAACGACCGUCGAGCCCGAUCGCAUGUCCCACCGGGAUAGGAUUUUGGAGAGGUCCAGGUUCACCGACACGCUCGAGCAGGUUCUGGACAUAUCAACUAGUAAAAUGUCUGGGUCUGGAACAAAGCAACUUGUCAUGCUUAAUCUGAACCAUGUAAAAAUCUGUGUUGCAUGAUUACCAAAAGCUGUCCACUUUUGACCUAAUCAAGAGGCAGCUUCUCAUGCAGGAUAGGUAUGAUACAACUCGUCUCACAGAAUCUGUCAUGCUAUGUGCUACAUACCAGACCUCAUGGGUCAUGGAAAACCUGCAUGACAAGUCUGGCAUUCUUCCAGACCCAGACAUUUUUACAUUUGAUAGGACAUCAAGAAGGACGAAUUGGAUAGCGAAGACGAGGGAGAUGAGGAUCCAGUAGGACAAGAUAAUUCGGCAUCAGGAACUACAACUGUUGACGACACCGCUCUCCAAUCCUCCCUCCGUCCCCGGGAUUUACUAACCCCAAAGUUCCGAUACAACUACCUGCCAAAGUAUGUCCAGAAAAACGGAAACGAAUUCAAAAAUCGAGUUCUAGCCGCGGUGAAAAAUACUCCAAAAUUAUUGUCUCCGAAAGUUUUACUCUCCGACGACAGUCUGCUAAUUUCCUACCUGUCCCACGUGAUGCAACGGGAAAAGUUUUUGCGGAUUGUCGCCUCGUGGAUCCACGACUUGCGGUACUUGUGGGACUUUCUGGAGCAAAAACUGGAAGCGGAAAUCCAUGUGUCGACCGAUAGCAACGCGAUAGAGAAGUCGAGGAUCACGAAACGGCAGGAGGACUGGCGGGUGGAGUCCAUGAAUUUGCUUUACAGUGAACCCACCGGCGGGUUCCCCGUGCCCUUUCCCAUCGGGGAAACGACGUUGAUGAACUUACGCGCGGGCGGGGAGGCGAGGAAGUCGCAGAUGAAAGAAUACUAUCAACUCCAAAUAUGUCUGGGUCUGGAAGAUUGCCAGGUUUGUCAUGCAUAUUUCGCAUGACCCAUCAUGCGCAUGCCUGUAGGGCAUGACUUAGCAUCACAGAUUUUUGGAAGGCUUCCUGAUGCCUAUUCCGCAUGAAAAAUGCCCUCUCUGCGCAACACAAUCUGGGCUCCUCUUGCUGGUCAUGCAAUACAGAUUUUUUUAGAAUCGAAAGACAGCAUGAUAAAUUUGGAUCCUUCCAGACCCAGACAUAUUUGCAAUGCAUAAAUACAACCUAGCCUCCGUGUUUUUCCAGCACGUGAAGGGCGCUUUUGACACCCAUUUCGAGAACCUCUGGUUCCCGGUCGGCGGGACGCACAUUGGGUUGCUCAGGUACGGGUCGCUGCAGGGGUUUCACGCGAACUCGAGGAUGGACAUCCCGGACGCGGACAUUGACCUAGUGGUGUUGCUGGACGAAAAUCCGUUGUUGGACGAGCAAGCGGCGGAAUACGAUAAACUCCGGGUGGAAUUGGCGAAAUUAACAGAGGAAAUCCGGUUGGAAACGACGAAAAACGCCAAGUGCAAAACGGUCUUCGCGAUGGAGCAUUACAAACCGAUUCAAUUUGUUGGUGCGACUGAACAAAGAACUGGAUCCUCGUCAACGUCUACGUCAUCGUCAUGUGGGGCAAGUGAGGAGUUCGAGGAGAAGAGACGGACGUAUGAGGAGGUCAAGCGGAAAAUUGCAGUGUUGACGGGAAAGAUGGCAACAUCAUCCGAUACAAUUCUGACAAGCGCAACAGAAAUUCACAAGAACAUCCACAACGUGCAGUGGCGCGCCAUCUACGGUAUCCAGUUCGAUGAAUACGCCAAGUACCAGGAAACGAACACUACUUCUGUGACGGAGAUUUUGAAGAAAAGGCACCGAAAAGUCACCAAUUACCAUGCGUACGCGGCGAACCGGGUGUACCUUCUCACAGAGGAACUUGCGAAGC